CAUACGGCGAGCCGAGCGCCAGUUGUGUGUUUUCAAGCUUUUACGAAACUAGUCUAUUGAUUUUGCAGUUAAACUCGACACAUAGCGUUUGCUGAGGUCUGGUAUUACCUCCCAGCUCUAUUGCCAAAGUAGUUAUUUAGCUCGCUGGCAGGAAUCUGUACUAACUUUUUAGCUAGCUUAGCUGCCUAAGUGGCAGCUAGCCUAUGUAGCUAGUUGGGCAUACAUUUCAGCUCCAUACGUGUUCCAGUACCAGGAAAGCGAAUUCAGACAGCUUUGAAUUCGGGCUCCGGGACAUCCCUCAUCAUGCGAGUGCUAGCUCGUUUGGGGGCGCAUCCCGCAGCGGUCGCUUACUCCAUGACAACGCUGGGAGCGGGGAUGAUGAAUAGCAUUUUCAGUUUUUACUACGUGAAACUUUUCUUGAACAAGUACAAGAUAUCCGAGUCUGCCUUCCAUCAGUCACAAGUGAUCUACAUGAUCUGGAACGCGGUGAAUGACCCGUUGUUCGGUUACCUGCAGGACAACUCGCGGGCAGCCUGCUGCACCCGCCGGCGGCUCUCCAUCCUGUAUGGUGCACCAUUCUAUGCCCUGGCCUUCCUGCUGCCCUGGUUCCCCUGGCGCUCCUACGAGCCGGGAGACUGGCUGAGCGGCCUCCACCUGACGGUGGCGCUGUGUGCCUUUGAUGGCAUGCUCACCUUUGUCCUGCUGGCCCAGUGCGCCCUCUUCGCUGAGAUCUCGGGCCACCACCAGAGUCGGCUGCAGCUGGUGGCCUAUAACCAGGCAGCAUCGCUGGCGGGCUCAUCCAGCGUGCUCUUCUGCGGCCUGCUCUCGCGCAACAUGGACGACUUCAGCGCCUUCCAGUCAGUGGCGGCACUGGUGGCAGUGCUGGCCUGCGGCUGCAUGACCUACACGGGGCUCCACAGUGAGGGCCGCUUUGACGGGCGGGCCUCGGAGCCCCCGCAGCAGCAGGGCCAUGGCCCCGGCCCCAGCCCCGCCCAGCCUGCACUCUCCCUCGCUGCCAUCACCUCUAUGACCUGGCAGAUUGUGGCACACCGGGACUUCCAACUCUUCGUCCUUAUGAACUUUUUCCAGGUGUUCAUGGUGGCCUUCUGCAACAACUUCACCAUGAUCUUUGCUGAGCACCUCAUCCCACAGGACGUGCUGCCCUCGCUGGCCAAGAGUGUGAUGUAUGGAGCCGGGUUCAUCUGCCCCCAGCUGUUGGUCCUGAGCAGCCAGCGUUUGCUCCGUGGCCUGGGAUACUACAGACUGAUCCUCAUUACCUUUUAUGUGGAGGUGGGCGCGGCUGCUGUCAUGCUCCUCCUGGGUCCUCAGCACCACUACGUCCUGGCACUUUUCCUCACAGGCAUCAUGGUGCUGAUCCAGGCCGCCUUCAGCCUCUUCAACUUACCCCUGGCUGACAUUAUUGACUCAGACUUUCACAAGCACAAACGCCGGUCCCCUCUCUCAUCCAUGGUUUUCGGGACCAACGCCCUGUUCACCAAGCCGGCGCAGUCCCUGGCCCCCAUGCUGGUGGUGUCCAUCCUCAACCAGUUUGGGUAUGAGGACCUGAAGGAUGCCAGCCCAGCUGCAGACUCGAGCUCUCUGCAGACGCUGCACAGUGUCAUGUUCUACCUGGUGUGCCUGGUCCCGAUGUUUGUGGCUACGGUGCAGAUCCUGGCCUGGAGGCCCUUCUCCAUCCGCGACAGCCACACAGUGGACACCAAAUACAUUGACACCUAAACCUAAAUGAGCCCCACAUUCCUCAUAGUUUCUUCUCAUACAGUCAUUCUUAUCGGCAGAGAGGAUGGAGGACAUUUUCACAAACACUGCAGGCUUACAGAAAGAGGGUCGGCCAUGACAGGUGUUAAUUCCACUACUGAUGGACCUUUAGCAGGCUGUACAGCUGUGAUCACACACACAAUGAGUCACUGAGUUAGUCUUUCACAAACCAACCUCAGCUGAAGUUAAAAAUCCAACAGGAAACUGAAAGCCAGUGAAGAAUGAAGGAAAAACAAUGCCCUACUCUAAAGGAGGCAUUUCUGUGUGCAUAGAUCUAUGAUUGUUAUCAAUGUAGCACCCUGCAGGAAUUCUGCCAGUCACAUUUGAAGUGCACUUUUCCGAUUCCAAGUUACUGAGUAAUCCAUAUGACCUGUAUGAGGUACGUUAUUUCUAGCCAUAGGAGACAAAUAUAUGCAACCAGUGUCAACCUUAAACUCCUUACAUCUCUACAGUUGUAUGUACAAUAUUUUCAGCAUAGAAAACUGUUAUUAAAAAGAGCAGUUGGCUAUGCAUUGAUCAGCUUGGCAAUGAGCUAAGGGGUGAUACAGGGUUAUUGGGUUCUGAGAACAUAAAACCCAAAGAAAGUGGUUGGUUGGACAUCCCCAAGCAUUUUGCAAGGCCCAUUUACACAUUGUGUCCAGAUAAACACUUUACCUGGGGGUUUGGUUUUUGGAUACCUAUUGGCUUUUUCCCAAAAGACAACAAAUUUGUGUCAAAGUCAUGCCCCUUAUUCAGACCAGUCCUUUAUGUCUUUCAAAACCAAAUCAGUUUUGUGGAUGGUUUUAGUGGGCUUUGUUUUUAUGCUACCUUCCAGUUUGUGUAUUUUCUUGGAUACAUUUGCAGAAAAUGGAAUAUUAAAUUUGUGCCCAGGAAUCAGGUUCAACUUGUGCCUUUAUUUGUCAGUGGAACUGAAAGUAGAAGCCAGUGUAUUAUAAGGUCACAUAGUUUAUUUGAAUCGAUGUGGUGGGGGAAAAACAUUUUCACCUUCUCAGAGACUCACUUUUUGUACUGUGUCUUUUUAAUUAAACAUUUUGUGAAUUCGCCGCUUUACUUGUAUUGAUUUAUUUGAACCUGAAACUGUGACAACUUGUGUUGGGCUCUGGGUACCCAUGUUCUCCAGUCUGAUGGAAACUUCAAUUAAUUGUUGAUACACUACCAUAAAGUUGGACUGACAAUUUAAAGGGGAUAGGAAAACCUGCAUGUGUUUUUUGGCCCUCUGACAGCAGAUACUUGUAGUCAGCUAACUGCUAUCAGAGACAUACUACAAACAAAAACAGAUAAUUGAUUGAUUGAUCAGAUAAUGUUGAGCAAUGGAUUGC